CCGCCUUUGGACGCGUGUGCCGCCGAGUCGCCAAAACGUCGCCGUCACACUCUUUGGACUCGCCCGUAAUCUUGGCCGGGCUGUUGCUCCUCCGAUUAUCUCGCCAUCUCGAACACAGAGCGCAGCAUCCGCGAAAAACACAACAAGCGCCGCAGGCUUAAUUCCGUUUUUCGUCUCAAUUUUGUUGUUAUUCUUGUUAUUUUCUCCGUUUAGUUUGAUGUUGUGUUUUUUUUGCGGGAAGUAUUUGAUGUCAUCUAAAAUUAAACGUGUUCCCAAGUUCCUAAAAAAUGUGUCAUUCAUUCCGCGCGAUCGUGCGUGUGUGUUAAGUAAUGCAAACAAAUAAAUGAUAAUGAUAAAAAGGUGAUAAACGUUUAAAGCUUUGAACAAGAAAAAAAGAGGUGCAAAAAAGCAAAAAGAAAACCCCAUGUGAGUGCGAGAGGACGGGGGCGCUAAUUCGAGAAUUCACCAGUUAAUACGGGGCAGCGUGAGACCCAAGACCCUGAGACCCUGACCCCAAGAACGAUUCCAAACAUCCCAAAAGAUUCCUCGGCGGGUGCAUAACGAAUUAGAUUCGUUUAAUUGCGCAUCGCACGGCGGAGAGAGAGAAAGUGCCCGCGGAGUGCCAGAGUUCAGGAGCGGAGACGCCUCGCUGACAGGUUCCUGCUGUCUUCCAUAUUGCACCAAACGCUUGUCGCAAAACCAUCAAAAAAUAAGAACAAAAAGUUCGGGCUUCCAAGGUCCACACACAUGGCAGACGACGAUUUGAGGGCUCUGGUCGAUAGCCUGGAUGACGCCUCGCAGGAGGACCUGGCCAAGGUCAUCGCCAACUUCUCGGUGGACAUGCUGCAGCGGGCCAGUGCCCUAAUUGGCGCCCAACAGGGGAACAGUGGGGGGUCACUACAAAACCGCACGCAGCAAUGUCAGCAGCAGCAACAGCGAGAUGAGGAGCAGGCGUCCCUAGAGGCCCUUACAUCGGGUGGCAAGCGGAUUUUACAAUGUCCCAGCUCGUUCGAUUCGGUGCUGUGCUGGCCGAGAACAAAUGCCGGCAGCCUGGCUGUCUUGCCCUGUUUCGAGGAAUUCAAGGGCGUUCACUACGACACAACAGACAAUGCCACCCGCUUUUGUUUUCCAAACGGAACCUGGGAUCAUUAUUCCGACUAUGAUCGCUGUCAUCAGAACUCAGGUUCCAUACCCGUAGUACCGGACUUCUCGCCCAACGUCGAACUGCCGGCUAUCAUUUACGCCUGUGGUUAUUUCCUAAGCUUUGCCACCUUGGUGGUGGCCCUCAUCAUAUUCCUCAGUUUUAAAGAUCUGCGUUGCCUGCGAAAUACCAUUCAUGCAAAUUUGUUCCUCACCUACAUAACCUCAGCCCUCCUGUGGAUUCUCACCUUGUUUCUCCAAGUGAUAACCACGGAGUCUAGUCAGGCUGGCUGCAUAACGCUAGUCAUCAUGUUCCAAUACUUUUACCUGACCAACUUUUUCUGGAUGUUUGUGGAGGGCCUCUAUCUGUACACGUUGGUGGUGCAAACGUUCUCCAGCGAUAACAUUAGCUUUAUUAUCUACGCCCUCAUAGGCUGGGGCUGCCCAGCUUUAUGCAUUUUGGUGUGGUCCAUUGCGAAGGCCUUUGCCCCGCAUCUCGAGAACGAGCACUUCAAUGGGGUAGGUCUUGAGCUUAGGCUUAUCUUGGGGUCACCUUUUAACCUUAUUUUUUUGGAUUUUUUUGAUAAGCUUGAAAUUGAUUGUGCAUGGAUGCGCGAAUCUCAUAUUGACUGGAUUUUCAAGGUACCUGCUUCACUGGCUCUGCUGGUUAAUCUAGUAUUUCUCAUACGCAUCAUGUGGGUGCUCAUCACUAAGUUGCGUUCCGCACAUACCCUGGAAACACGGCAGUACUACAAGGCCUCGAAGGCUUUGCUGGUGCUGAUACCUCUUUUUGGGAUCACCUAUCUGCUGGUGCUAACUGGCCCGGAACAGGGCAUAAGUAGAAAUCUCUUCGAGGCCAUAAGAGCCUUUCUCAUCAGCACGCAGGGCUUCUUUGUUGCUCUGUUCUAUUGUUUCCUCAACUCUGAGGUGCGUCAGACGCUGAGGCAUCGAUUCACGCGAUGGCGAGAGAGCAGGAAUAUCCAUCGGAACAGCUCCAUCAAGAAUCGCAGGCAUCGCGCCUCAAAAGACUACUCGCUGAGAUCGCGAACCGAAAGUCUACGACUGACAUCAACAAGUCCCGUACCCACUGGACACUAUGAAUGAACACCACACACAAAUCUAUAUCUUUACGACACAGAGAUUUCCCCCCACAUAUAUAUGUAGAGCCUUCCCCUUUGUCCAUAAGUAUUGCAUGUUAGUUUACACCAUAAGAGCUCAGAUUAAAGUAUUAUAUUUUUUAUAAACAAA